AAAAGCAUGACUGCAGGACUACAGUUUCAAGGGUGGCAAACAUGACGGAAACAGUUGACAUGUGUGCUGCCAGCAAGGGUUGUCCUGAACCGCCGCCUGCAACAAGGGAUGCACCGUCUACUCCCGCUGCUUCCGAAAGAGAUGUUGGCCACCCUGAUGCAGUUGAUGCCACGGACGUUGCAGACGAAGAGGUGAACUUGGAAGACGACCAGGAUUCUGAUGACACACUGGACAGCGUGUCAGGGCUCUCCUCGGGUUCUUCCCCCGUGCCUCUAGAGCCGUUCAAGCCGCUGUUUCACGUCUGCUUCGCCGACAAAGUCACCAAAAGCGACGGCGUGGUCACUUACACCCUCCACACUCGUCGCGCAUGCGACGACGACGGCACGAGUUAUAUGGUGCAGCGACGAUACGAAGACUUUGAAUAUCUGGAGCACUGCCUAACCACGUCCAACCGAGAGCCUGGCCUCAUUGUGCCCCCCCUCCCCGAGCAGCCCGCCACAACAGUUGAGAUGGUCCAGACAUUGUCGCGAAGGCAGCUGGGCCCCAACUCCAAGGCUCUGAUUGGGGACCAGUUUUCCCUGGACUGCGUGCGACUCGAAACGUAUUUGGAGCUUCUUCUUCGACACCCUGUCUACGGAAGAGAUCCCGCCCUGGAGAAGUUUUUGAUCCAGAGAGAGCCGGCCCCCAGGGUGAAGGUGAAAGACGGGCUCUUUGAGCGGCUUGCUAGCUCCCUCGAGACUCGCAAGGAAGACCACAAGGACUGCGAAGAGUUCUUUCAAGAACAGAAGGAGUUUGUAACCAAGUAUGGAGCUGCCAUCGACAGUGCCAAUGCGGCCUUCAACGAUGUCGUCUGUGCCAGGCAGAGGCUCUGCAGUCUUCUGGGCCACCUGGCAACAGCCCUGGCACUCGCCUUGGGAAGCAACUUUGGGAAUGUUGGCCCCAAGGUCCCGGUUGCCUGGGACCCUUCCUGUUUCAAGCUGUCCUCGUCGGUUUCAAUGGCCCUGAAUGGACUUCAGCACCACGGGGAGCGGCAGUGCCUCUUGGAACGGAGCACCCUGGGGGCCCACCUGGAGCUGUACUCCCGCUACCUAGGCUCCGUGAGGGAGACGCUGCACUGCCGGACACGCCUCAUGCUCGACUACGAGCGCUGCAACCGGGACGUGGGCAGGGCAGCCCCCGAACAGAGGCAGCAGGCCGUGACGGCCAAGGUGGCUGCCGAAAAGGCCUUCGAGUCCUGCUCGGAUCUGGCUAGGCAAGAGAUGAAGCGGUUUCACCGGGACCGGAUACGGCACCUGGGCCGCCAGCUGGCGCUAUACGCUGAGGCGGAGCUGGCCAGUUCGCGCGAAGCCUGCGCCAUCUUGGAACGCUCGCUGCUCCGACUGGCGGCACGGCCCCGCAACUGCAGGGAGGACUGAGGCGCCGAGCGCCGGUAAACGCUUUUCUAGCGUCCCCUGCUUGGGGAUCGGAGCGAGCCCCCCGAAGCGUGACGGAGAGCGACCCUGUAGUCGAGGGAGUUCCACCACACUUUGCCCAUUCGUAGGCUUGUGAUGGGCACUGUGUGUGCAGUGCUACCGGCGACGCCCCCCAGCUCGACUGCGUCUGCCUAGGCUUUCUUCUUUUUUUUUUUCUUCCCGCCAAAGAUCUCCGUGCGGAGGGCAACUGACUUACCUCCCUCCGCCCGUUCUCACUGCGUGUAGUGCCGCGGAUUAUUGCGAUCCUAUCGGCGGCAAAACAGCAGAGGUGGUCGCGUUGGGUGCUUGUUUUCGCCUUGUUUGCUGUGUAGCCCGCCUACAUAGACCCCAGCGGGCAUGGGUUGGUCGAACGUCGCGUGCGCCCGCUCGUCGUAUUUAUAUUGGUUGAUACGAUCAACCACCAAGAUCGCAGCAUUACGCGGGCGUCGGCUCUUGCGAUGUAAUCUUGCUGCUACUUUGGACCACUCCGAUUAAUGGGCUGUAAAGACGCCAGAGAUGCUAGUCGGAGGGCCGUACCAGGCAGGCAUUAUACAGCGGCCGUGUGUUUUUCUUGCUUCUGCGGUGUGUUUGGGGGAUACGGGCGGUUGAGUGCUACACGAUCCUGGAGAUCACUGAACACCAGUGUUCCUCAGUUUAGUUCUUCUUUGAAUGGUGAAACUCCUUACAAUACCCGAAGCUACAGCAGGCGAUCGGGGGAACGUGUAAAUAACGUUCUCCAAGGUAAACAAUAAACAGAAGCAUCGUGUCAAAGAAAAGACUAAUCUCACCGCCGCAAGAGAAACACGCACUCGUUAAAGGCGCCCUAAUACAUCGGGUGUCGCAAAUAGCGGCCAGGCUCUUUAAAUC